CAGCAAUACAGAUACCAAUAGUCUUUUCCACUACCAACAGGUGCAAUCCUAACCAUGGCACUGCAGAACGGAAAGUCCAAAAAUACAAGAUCCGUUCGAAACACAAGCGAUGGGGAGACCGACCCAUACCGAGUGAAUGUUUCGCUCCGAUUCAUGGUAUUGAGCAUGGUCUCUUGUUUGCUUCUUGCGUUUGCUGUGGGUCGAAUAGCCCGUAUGUUGCUAAUUGUCGGUCCGCAGCAAGCGAUAGUUGAGCUCCACGCAGCGCUCCGAGAACAUCAAGAACAACAAGAACGCGACGAAGGAAGGAAGGACAUCAUGAAGCUUCCGAAUCCUACUCUAAAAAACAAACCCAUUCCGAUCACAGUAUACACAUCGAUGAACUUCGAUACCGCUAGGUCCACCACCAUUAAUUCCCGAUGGGUUGUUUCGGAACAAGACGAAGAAGAAAACAACAAGGUCUGCAAGGGAACCAUGUCGGGAAAAAAUGACUGCCAGGCGGAACCCGAGAUCGAUCUUAGGGCCGAGCAGCAGCCAGCGAACGGAACGGAGGGCGACGAUGAGUUGCAUCUUCCAGCCGGUCAGCACUUGCUGAUGGAUAUCAGAAAUGUCGCGGCGGAUUUUUUGGCAUCCGAGGAGCGACUUGCGAACGCGAUGCUGGACGUCGUCGGUGACUGUGGCCUAACACUGUUGUCCUACCACUGCCACGGCCUCACUCCCAGUGGAGUGUCGUGUGUUGGAGUACUGUUAGAAAGCCAUGUUUCGUUUCACACAUGGCCAUCCGAAGGCGUCGUGACGCUAGAUUUGUUUACUUGUGGGUCCCAAUCUCUCUUGCCCAUCGUCGAGAGGGUUGAGCGCCUCUUCGGAGUUCCGAGAAAUGCCGAUGGUCCCGAAACCGUGUGGGCCUACAAGGUCAGAGGAUUUGGGGACGAGACAGAGGAAGAACUGACGGAUCUUUUUACGUUCCCGAUUGGCACCAUGACGGAAUAYAAAAAAGAACUGGUAUCGAUCGAGAAAACGAGCCAGAACAACAACCGAAUCGAUGUCUACGACGUUCUGCGCCCGGUGUUUCAAAACUACGAGCAAUACAAGCGCUCCUUACUAGACGACGGUUCGUACGAAUCGAGAUACAAAGAAAUAUUCCAGCCCGACAGGAUUUUGUUCGUCAACGGAGUGCUUCAAUCGAGGCGGUCGGCCGAAGUACCCUACCACGAAGCCCUGGUCCAUCCCGCCAUGAUGGCCCACAAAUCUCCGUCGCGCGUUCUGUUGCUCAACUGUGGAGGAGGGGCCGCACUGCGCGAGGUGCUAAAGCACAAGGGCGUGGAAAAAGUGACCCUGAUCGAGGAAGAGCCAGAGAUCGUGAGGGUUUCGAAGAAGUUCUUUCCGGGAUACCACGAUUGCAGYGGCAUCCAAGGCAUCCCCUCGAAUUGCUGGGACGAUCCCAGGGUUGAAUUGAUCUACGACGAUGUAUACGAUUGGGCAGAAGCCCAGUACGAGGACGACACCGACGAAGAAUUCGACGUGAUCAUCCUGGACGACAUGUAAGCACGAAUCGAACGGAACUCCGAACAUGCGCCGCCGCCCGGUGCGUGGUGGAAUGUGCGGUCGGAAUCCUCGAUCGACCGCGAGAUGCUCACUCACYCGCGCCUUCUUUCUUGUUUUGCAGCUACUACGUCGAAGAGUUUUCGGAGGACGAGGGCGACGGCGACCUUGCCGAGCUUCUCUCGGACCUGCUCGCCCCCGACGGCAUCCUUGCCGCGCAGGUCGGAGACGUUCCGACCCUCGAGACGGCGGCCCUGGGGAAUCCCGACAUGCAGGGACGCUUCGAUUUCAUCGAGGACCUGGAAAGCAACGGGUUUGUCCGGAUCGUGGACUACGAGGAGGUGCGUAUCGUCUAUGGCUUUCGCGGACCGGUGCGACACCGCACGAAACACGCCACCGGGCGUCGCUGUYUCUUUGGGAUCGAAACCACCAUUGGCGCUCUUGCGUUCUGACCCCCGCCACCUGCCUUUUUUUGUUUUGCGACGCGCUCGUGUUCUCUCUCUCUCUCUCUCUCUCUCUCUCUCUCUCUCUCUCUCUCUUGUGGAAAAAAAAACCGAAACAGGGCCACCUCGGGUUUUCGCACCCGUGGCAGUUCGUGAUCGCCUUCAAGACCGGCGAGCCGAACGAGGCCUGGGACUCCACGUACUCCUCCUGGCACAACAUGCACGUCGACCAGCGGACCCUCCCGACUCCGACCGGCGAUUCCUCGCUGCUGCACUUCGACGGGGCGGUGAUGAAGGGCUAUUCGUACCCGAGCAAGGCCAGCGGGGUCGUCUUUUGCCGGGGCUACCCGGAAUCUCGUUUCUGCAAGGAAGGCCGCGGGAUCGAGACCCAGCGCUAGGGCGACGMGAAGGAGAACAUUGGUCGGCACUGCUAGCUAGUACUCUAGUAUUGUAGCUAGCAGUWCUAGUACUACUAGUAGAAACAGUGGAUUCAUGGUGUAUGUGCGUACUGACAAUCUGAGUUCUUUUGGGCACGAUUACUAGUUGAACUUCUUGCAGUUGUACGGCAACUAGUACUAAAAUAAUAAUACUAUCUGGUAAUG